AUGCUCUCCCCAGAAAAGGAUUUCAUUCUCUAUAAUGCUUAAAAACCUCCGAAUAUGUAAGUUCCUAGUUUCAUGACCACUGCUUCGUCAUUUAGAAAUCAGAAGUUAUCCAGCUUAAGAAACAAAAGUUGUGCUACGGCUGUCUAAGAUGCAAAACAUAUAUCGACUAUUGAUUAUUAAAUUUGUGACAAGAGUGAACCUAUCAAUCUUAAGAAUGCCGGCUAUCCCAAAUUCAAAUCAGAACAGAGUGAAAUUUCUCAUAUCGCUAAAUCAUAAAUUAGUACUCUCAUAACUGCACCAAAAAUAAUCCAAUUUAUUGAUUUCUGUAAUAAAAAAAUCUUAGAUGAUGAACUAAAAAAGAGGAAACUUAGUUAGGAUUAAACCCACAAGGACUUUAAGUUAAAGAUAAAUAAUCUUCAUGAAAAUAAGAAGUCUAUGCGACAUGCAUAAAAGCAUACAAGGAGCAAUUUUACACUUCCAUAAAUGCAUUAUCAUGAGAAAUAAGAAACCUAAACCAUCUAAGAUAAAAUAAAUCAAAAUAAAAUAGACACAACAUCAUUUAAUGAUUCUCCAGUUCCCAAAUUAAAUAAUAAAUAGCCAAACUUUCAAGCUUACACAACUAAAUAGCCCAUUAGAAGUUUCGAUAUGCUAUUCAAUGUUAAGCAUCUAGUGAGAUUGUAGGAAAAGAGAUAAAAAGAAUUCGAAGUAACUCAAUAAAAUGAUCCAGAAUUUCAACUAGAAAUGAUAAAGAGAUAAAAUUAAAUAUAAGUCUUGAUGUCUAAUACGAAGAAACUCGAAUAACUUAAAACUGCUUCAAAAGGAAUAUUAUCGCACAUUAAUUAAUAGGAUCAGUAAGCAGAAUAAAUCUUUUAGGAUUUCAAAUAGAAACUGGAUCUAAAAUGA